AUGUCAACCACAACAAACAAAAACGGUAAUCAUCUAGAUCAUCACCAAACUGUGGCUUCAGAUUCAAACAAUGAAAAAAUAGAUACACGAAGCCAAAAUCAAGAUAAUCAAGAUUUAUUACUACCGCAUAAUCAAACAGAUUCUUUACCAAGUCGUAUAGAUCCAGCUAAAUCCACAUCAUCUUCAACUAGCACCGCACAUCAUAAUAAUAAUAAUAAUUAUAAUAAUAAUGAUAUGGACUACGAAUCUAUUGUAACGCCUAUUAAUUCAAAAUUAGAAUUUGAAAAUACUGAUUGUUCAUCAAAUACAACUCAAGAAACAACAAGAACAACAAAAACAACAGAUUUAUCAUUUUAUCAUCGAGUGGUUAUAAAUGAUUGGGUUAAAAAUUUCUCAUUAGCUUAUUUUGUAAGUGUCAUGGGUUGUGGAAUAUCUUCAAGUUUAUUAUAUAAAUUUCCAUGGCCUGCUCAUUGGUUAAUCAUUUGUUCAUAUAUAAUGUUUGCCAUUGCAUGUAUUUUAUUCAUUAUAAAUUGUAUUUUAUUCACAUUAUCAAUUGUAUAUUAUCCUGAUAGAGUAGCUAAAUAUCUCCUAGAUCCAACACAAGCAACAUUUAUGGGGUGUUUUUCUAUGGGAUUUACCACUUUGGUUAAUUACAUUGGUAUAUUAUGUGAUGGUAAACACAUGUAUUUUGUAUGGACAUUAUAUUGGAUAGCAUUAGCUGGUGCAUUAUAUUCAAGUUUCAUUGUUGUAUUUUUUGCAUUUUUUUCCAAAUUGAAUAAAAAAUUAGAAAUUUUAGAUGCUAAAUUGAAUGCUACUUUAUUAUUACCAAUAGUGGCCAUCACAGUUAUAAGUUCAUCAGGUCAUCAAAUUGAAUUAGAAUUAUAUAAAUUAAAUGAAACUAUAAUUACAAUGAUUAUCAGUUUUAUGGUUUGGUGUUUAUCCAUCAGUCUUGCAUUUAUGAUAAUGACAAUAUAUGUAUACAGAUUAAUAAUUCAUAAAAUUCCACCUACACAUUUAAUUUUCACAAGUUUCUUACCAGUGGGAUUUCUUGGUCAAUCAUCAUAUAGUAUUUAUUUGUUUGGAAAUAAUUUAAAUAAAUUAAUACCUGAAGAAUUAUUAUGGGGUAAGAUUUUAUUAUGUAUUGCCGGUUUUUUUUCAUUUUUUUUAUUAAGUUUAGGUUAUUUUAUGGUAUUUGUAGCUGUUGUAUCUUUAUUAUCAAAAAUUAAACCAUUUGCAAAAAAGAAUAUAAAUUUAAAUCAUACUAAUAAAUUUGGUUUAUUAAAACACAAUAAAAAUUUUUGGGCAAUGACUUUCCCUUUAGGAACUAUGUCACUUUCAAAUACUGAAAUUGGAUUAGGUGGUAUUGGUGGUUAUAAAUUAUUAACUUUUAAAGUUAUGGGUGCAAUAUUUGCAACUUGUUGUAUUUUAAUAACUACUGGUUGUUUAAUUGGUGUUGUGAUUUAUAAUUUAAAAAGAAUCAGAUUAGCAUUUAUGAAAAGAAAACAAUCUUCUAUGGUAUAG